AUGUCGACAUUAACGGUACAAAAAUGUUCUGUUUGUUCAGCACCAGCAUUAAAUUCACAAACAUGGAAAACAACAAAAACAAGUUUAAAUCGAUCAACUAGUGCUAAACGAAACACUUCUAAACAAGAUUUAAAUCAAUCACUUACUACACAAAAUAAAUUAUCAAAAUCCGUAGUGCAAGGUCUCGAAGAUGAAUACAUUAAACAAUUACAAGAACAAGUCUACUAUUUGGAAACCGAAUUAGAUUUUCUUCUUUUUUUUAAACAUAAAAUAAGUUUUUUCCUUAACUAUUCGUAUACGCGUGACCAGUUAAAUAAAACUUCAACAUUAGCUCAUCGUUCACAUCAAGCUGAACAUGAACGUUCUGAUUUACAACGAAGUCUUGUACAAACAACAUCUCAAUUCGAACAAAUAUCAAGUGAAAAUCAUGGUCUAACAUUAGCAUUGGAUGAACUUCGUCGAAAAUUUGAUAUUGACAAACAAAAUUUACUCACUGAAUUGGAUAAUUUACGGCGAGCAAAAGAUGCACUUGAACAAGAAAAACGUUUACAUGAUCAAGAACUACGACAACUUCGUGAUCGAACACGAGUAUCGUCUGAUGAAUUAAAAAAUGCUCAUGAUAAAGUUCGAAUUUUAGAACAACAGUUCGAACAACAAUUAAAUCAGAAUAAAAUUUUAACUGAUGAACUUCAUCAUAGUAAAUUAGAAACAAGUAAUUUACAACGAAGUCUUAACGAUCAUCAUAUAGUUGGUCGGGAUAGAGAUCGUUUACAAGGAAUCGUUGCUGAAUUAGAAAAAGAUAUUAAAAUACUUCGACAAGAUGCAAAAGCACAAGAUACUCGAUAUAAUGAGACUCAAUUUCUUCGUAGUAAAUUAGCUGAUGAAAAAGUUGCUUUAUUAAAAGAAGUAAAACGAUUAGAAGCAUUAGGCAAAGAAUUUGAACGAGAAUUAGAAGAACUUCGUCUUGCAUUACGUGAACGUACAGAUGUAUUACAAUUAAAAGAACAAGAACUUGCUGGUUUACGAAAGAAAGAACAUACAUUUCGAAGUACAGUUGACAAUCUUCAAAUACAAUUAGAUACAGAAUUAGUUCGAAAUAAAGAUCUUGAUGGACAACUUAAACAAUUACAAAGACAACUAAAUAUUGAAACUCAAAAUGCAUUGACUGCAAAACGUGAAUCAAAUGAAUAUCAUAUACGUAAUACUCGUUUACAAGAUGAAAUUAAUCUUCUCCUUCAUGAUAAAGAUCAAUUAACAAUUCGUAUUAGUACAUUACAACAACAGUUGGCUAAUGAAGAAAACUUAGCAAGUAAAUUACGAAUUGAAAUUGAAGAACUUGAACGUCGUGUUCAAGAAAUUGAUCGUCUUAAAUCACUUGAAGAUUUAAUUCAAUCACAACGUUGGGAUGAUAUGUCACAAAUGGCUCAAACAAUGCAAACAGUUAGUCGAACAAUGGCUCGUGCUACAAGUCCAACACAUAUACGCAAAAAACGUGUAGAUUUACCUUAA